GUACGUACCCCUUAUCGAUUUGACGAGGCACAGCUAUGGAGCUGCUGGGACUGUUGCUACGUCUCUUUAACGCGCUGUUCCUGGUGGCUGGACUGCUCGCUCUGCGCGUCUGGCAGGUUGUCGUUCCGCAGCGCGUGAAGGCGCCGAUCUCCAGCUACUCGAAGCCGUUUUUCCACCAUCAGAACGCGACCAAUGACAAGAAAAAGAAGCGCCAGAUCCGCGUCAUGGCUGUGCUGGGCUCUGGCGGCCACACGACGGAGCUGCUGAAGCUCAUGAAGAGGCUCAAGAGAGAGAUCUAUACACCCAUCACGUUCGUAGUGGCCGAGACGGACAAAACUAGCCAGACCAAGACCGAACUGGACUGGAAGCCCAACGACAAAGACUCUUUUGCCAUUAUCCCUCGUAGUCGAGAGGUAGGGCAGUCGUGGUCGUCUACGGUGUGGACUACGCUGCGCUCGUUCCAGUCGUGUCUUGGUCUGGUAUACAACCAUCGUCCGCAGUUGGUGCUCUGCAAUGGACCCGGUACGUUGCCAAAAAGAGUGAAAGUGUUAUAGGUUAUUAUUGAGUGAUUGAACUCCUGUUCUGGCUGCUUGCAGGUACUUGCAUCCCGAUCUGUGCGGCAGUGCUGCUGUUCCGCGUGUUGGGUAUCCAGACGGACUCAAGGAUCAUCUUUUGCGAGAGCUUCGCACGCGUGCAGCACUUGUCCCUCACUGGUAAAUUGCUUUACUACGUGGCCGACGAGUUCGUCGUGCAAUGGCCUCAGUUGCAGACCAAGUAUCCACGCACAAGACACUUAGGUGUCAUUUGCUAGAGUAGCUGCUACCAGUACGAAAAAACCCUAAGUAUGGACUGCUGAGUGAUCUUAGAUACAAUGCGCCAUCGUUACACAUGCAGCGAGGUCCUGCACAAGCGCUCUCGUCGCUGCUUAAUGCUCAGUUUUAAGUCCAAAUUAGCUAACUUUAAUGUCGUGGAGUCGCUACGCACGCAACGUCU